UCACAAAAGGAGGGGAGAUUUUAGAGGCUUUUAGAAAGUAACAUUUUGGUGUUUUGGAGAGCUGUUAUGGAAGCUAACCUCGCUGAAUCGCUCUCGGCUCUGGCAUCGCACGUUUCCUUUCCCACACCUGAGCCGUAAACACAUUUGCCACAACAGUCAAGGAAUCCUAAGUGGAAUGAUAUUCCAUAAAAAGCCCUCAGUAUUCAUUUUAAUGAUGUUAAGAGCUGAAGUGGAGUGUCAGUGUGCUCUCAGCCUCUUAGCAACAAGAAGAUUUCACGAGCAGCAGCCUCAGAUGUCUCUCAAGGAGCUGUGUGCCUACGAGACACCAUCCGUUACUGAAAUGCAGAACUUCAUGUUGGCUGACAGACGGCCCACUGGACAUGUGAACCAAGUGUGGCCUAAUGUGUACAUUGGCAAUGAGAUAGCGGCAAGAGACAAGUCAAUGCUUUAUAAUAUGGGGAUCACACACAUUGUGAACGCAGCUAGUGGACCCCCUCAUGUAAACACUGGACCCCGCUUUUACAGAGACAUGGCUAUUGAUUACUAUGGAGUGGAGGCUGAUGAUUCCUCGGAUUUCAUCAUAAGUGUGUUUUUCUAUCCCACAGCAAGGUUCAUACGAGCUGCGUUGUCAAAAAACGGAAGAGUGUUUGUCCAUUGUCUGAUGGGAGUGAGCCGCUCUGCCACCCUGGUGUUGGCCUUCCUCAUGAUCUGUGAGGAUCUUACUCUAAUGGAGGCCAUUAAAGCAGCACGGCUACACAGGGACAUCUGUCCUAAUCCUGGCUUUCUUAACCAGCUUCGACAUCUUGACAUGAGCCUCGUCCGAGAGAGGAAGAAAAAACUGGAAGCUUACAAAUUAAAAGCUCCUAAAGGCAAACCAUUGGCCUCUCAACUGCAUCUACAUCGGAUCUACGGUGUCUGCUGCUGACAAACAGACACGCUUUUGGACCCGUUAGUCUUGUCUGGCCCAACCUCUACAUCGGAGAUGAGUCAACGGCUCGUGAUAAAGGACUGCUCGCUGAUCUGAGAGUCACUCAUGUUGUAAACUGCGCCGAGGGACUGCAUCGCAUCAACACAGGCGGCCAGCUCUACUCAGACACGAGUAUAAGUUACUGUGGAGUGCAGGCUUC